AUGGCACUUCCUAGCUGGCUUGAAUCGAUACUAGGUCGAAAUGGGUACCAAAGGACAGAUGCAAAUGAACCGCCCAAUAAUCACACCAACAAUAAUAUGCCUGGUGCAUACCAAGAAGAACAAACAAACACACAACCCAGCACCACCGUUCGUGAAUCAUUAAAAAAGAUAUCAGCCUAUGUUAAUGUGAUAGUCGCCAAACCACUCAUUAUUACACUUCUACUAAUAUUCCAGUUGUUGUCUGCGGUGAUCAAUAUUCUAUACUUUAGAGAUUUAAACACAUCCCCUCCACCCGAGGAAAUGAUUGACCCUAUUGAUAAAGUCAACAAAUUCGUCCGAGAUUUGGAAGAUGGUAUGGAACCACUGAUUACUCAAAAUUUAAAUCAGUUACCUCCGUUCUUUGAAGGAAGCUAUACACAAGCAUUGUAUAUGGCAACACAGAGGGGCAAGAUUCUCUUUGUAUAUUUGACCAAUCCCCAGAACGAAAGUGCUUCGUUCAUAUUCAAUGAAAUCAUCAUGAGUCAGGAAUUCAUUAGAAUCUUCAAUAAGGAUAUUAUAAUAUGGGGUGGUGAUUUGAAAAACCCCGAAGCUUAUCAAUUGGCCAACAGUUUGAAUGUUACCAAGUUUCCCUUUCUAGGGGUAUUGUGUUUAACGAGAGGAACGAAGAUGACACCAGAAGGGCCAAAGAAAGAUCCAGUAAAGAUCUCAAUGAUAGCUAAACUUCAAGGGGGAAAAGUUAACUCCCUCGAUGAUGCCAGUACCAUAAUAAGGAACAAGUUUUUAAGAAAGAUUGGGAAAUAUGAACCAGAAUUGAACUUGAUACGACAAGAGUUGCAGGAUAGAUACAUGACAGAGGUGUUGCGCAAGCAGCAAGAGUAUAACUAUAUGGCUUCCAUGCAGCAAGAUAUGAUCAAAAAGAAUGAAAAGAAAAAGAGGGCCCUAACUAAGGAGUAUCUAAAAUACAAGGCACCGUUGUAUAAGAACUUGACUAAUCCACCCCCAAAAGAAGAGGCGAAAGAGUAUGCUAGAAUUGUGUUGAAGUUCCCUGACUCUUCCAGGGUGACAGUCUAUUUCCCAAAGCAUCUCAAGGUAAGAGACGUGUUUACAUUUGUUGAAAUAUUGAGACAGAAUCUUGUUGAUCUGACUUCCAAUUUGACAGAACUGGAAGCCACAAACAAGUUUAAGAACUUUGAGGUUGAAUUCAAGUUUACGCUAACAUCGCCAUUACCUCCAAGAACAGACAUGGCGCUGAAAAAGGAUGAAGAAAUUGAACAGAAUGAUUUGAUAUACCCAAAUGGAUUGCUACUAGUGGAGGAUGUAUAG